AUGAUCUCAAAUACAUACAAUCUACUUCUGAAAAUUAAAAAAAUAGAAAACAGUAAAUUGAUAGCUACAGUGGCGAGCAUAUGGAUCCAGUGCACCGGCGGUGCCUCCUACGCCUUCGGAAUCUACUCUGCCGCCCUCAAAUCUAGCCAAGGUUACGACCAAUCGACUCUCGACACCGUCUCCGUCUUCAAGGACAUCGGCGCUAAUAUCGGAGUUUUAGCCAGUCUCCUCUAUCACGCCGUCACUAAUAACCACCGCGAUUCAACGUCGUCGUCUUCUCGUUUCAAAUGCGGACUUCCGAUCGUCUACUUGUUUGGAGUGGCUCAGUGCUUCUUCGGUUACUUCCUUAUGUGGUUGUCCAUCACCAGACGCAUUUACAAGCCGAGCGUCCUGCUCAUGUGCAUCUUCAUGUUCAUGGCGUCACAUGCUCAGACAUUCUUCAAUACCGCAAAUAUCGUGGUCGCCGUCAGGAAUUUUCCAGAUUACGGUGGAACAACCAUCGGCAUUAUGAAGAAUUUCGUAAUUUUCAUUUACUCAGGGCUUUCUCGGUCUAAGCGGAGCGAUACUAAUACAAAUCUACAUGACGUUCUUCGACGGCAAACCAACCAAAUUCAUACUAAUGCUUGUCGUGGUUCCAUCUCUCGUCUCCCUCAUUCUCAUGUUUCUCAUUCACGAAAACCCCUCAAACACAACGAAGUCACCAUAGCCGGAUAUCUAACCAUCACACUCUACCUUCAAAACAAAAUCGUCUUCUCAUCACGGGCUCACCAAGAGGCUAGAGAAGCAUUGAUUGUAGCUUCAGAGAGUCAGGUGGUGGCGAGUCACGGUGGUUCACCGGCGGUUGAAAUGAAUCUGCUACAAGCAAUGACCAUCGUCAACUUCUGGCUCCUUUUGGCAUCCAUGGUGUGUGCGAUGGGUUCUGGUCUCGCCACCAUCAACAACGUAACUCAAAUAGGUCAGUCUCUUAAUUACUCAACAACCAAAAUCAUCAGAAUUUUGUCUCUAUGGAGUAUCUGGAACUUUCUAGGAAGAUUCAGUGGUGGAUAUCUGUCUGAUUUCUCUUUACACGAGUGGGGCUGGGGAGACCGAUGUUCAUCGAUCUCGAUAACACUUUUGGCGAUGGUCGUCGGCCAUCUUUGGAUCGCUUAUGGUGGGAAUUUGCUCUUUGGUACAGCGGUUAUCGGCAUAUGUUAUGGAUCACAGUGGUUUUUUAAUGCCUACGAUUACUUCUGA